UGCAAAACAGUGUGCUUUACACCUGUUACAUAUUUUUCAGCAACUGACUAUUUUAGCUGUAAAGUAGCAGAAAUGUGUAGCAUGGAGGCUGUGCACCUGAGGAUUUUUAUUUGGUUUCUGUGUAAGAUAAUGGUAACUGGCUUCAGCCUGGAGAUUGGAUCCUAUGACAUUGAAAGAGGUAAGGAGGCUAAAUGUGAGCCUAUUGAAAUACCUAUGUGCCAAGGUAUUGGUUAUAACAUGACACGAAUGCCAAAUUACAUGGGCCAUGAGAACCAAAAGGAAGCUGCAAUCAAACUUCACGAGUUUGCUCCUUUGGUGGAGUAUGGUUGCCACGUUCAUCUGAAGUUUUUUCUUUGCUCCCUGUAUGCUCCAAUGUGUACUGACCAAGUCUCUACCUCCAUACCAGCCUGCAAGCCCAUGUGUGAACAAGCAAGGCAAAAAUGUGCCCCAAUCAUGGAGCAUUUUAAUUUUGGUUGGCCAGAAUCCUUGAACUGUAGUAAGUUGCCUACAAAGAAUGAUCCAAAUGCCCUCUGCAUGGAAGCACCUGAAAAUGCCACCACGGGGGAGACCCACAAGGGUAUGGGCAUGUUACCUGUUGCUCCAAGACCAAGACCCCCAGGUACAGAAGGGGGAAGGACUCCAGGUGUUACUGGUACUUGUGAGAACCCUGAAAAAUUUCAGUAUGUGGAGAAAAGUCUGUCUUGUGCACCAAAGUGUGCUCCAGGAGUUGAUGUUUACUGGUCUAGAGAAGACAAGGAUUUUGCUCUUAUUUGGAUGGCGGUAUGGUCUACUUUGUGCUUUGUGUCCACUGCCUUUACAGUCCUCAGUUUUCUGCUGGAUCCUCACAGGUUCCAGUACCCGGAACGUCCAAUUAUCUUUUUAUCUAUGUGCUAUAGAUUCUAA